GACACAAUGAAGCACAUUAGAUGUCUACAAGAUUAUGAGUAUUUAUUGAGUGUCUAUAGAUGCCCACUUUUCCAUCUUCUGUUGCAUGCUCGUAGCAAUGUCUAUGGUGGAAGUGAGAGUUCCAAACUUGGACUGCCAUGGCUGUGCUUCCAAGCUGAAGAGGGCUCUCUUCAAGCUCAAAGGAGUGGAAGAGAUAGAAAUAGAAAUGGAGAUGCAGAAGGUCGUGGUGAAAGGCUACGGCUUGGAAGAAAGAAAGGUGUUGAAAGCCAUCAAACGAACAGGGAAAGCAGCCGAACCAUGGCCAUAUCCGGGUUACUCCUCCCAUUUCGCUUCUUUUUACAAGUACCCGACCCAAAUCGCAAAUCAAUACUAUUACAACAGGAAUGAAGCUGCCGGACACAAUCUGCACACCUUCUUUCACACCCCUUCGGUUUAUUCCGUCGCUGUUGCCUCCGAUGAAGCUGUUGCCUCACUUUUUAGUGACGACAAUCCUCACGCAUGCACCAUCAUGUGAAAGGGCGCAUUUGAUUGUAUGUUAGUUAAUUAAUCUAGUUUUGAAGUUGAUUAUUUUUGUAACUUAAGUUGAGAUAAAUUAAGUUGAUACAUUUUGAUUGAUUGGUUGUUGUACGUCUUUACCAAAAGGGUUUAUGUUUAUGCUUGGAGUAAAUGAAAAUGAACGAGCUACUCAUACUCCCAGGUCCUAUUGAAAGAGAACUUGCAUAAGAUGGUAUAAUGGUGUCAGACUCGCUCCCUGUAGAAAAGCUUUAUGUUAUGUAUUUAUCGUCUACCGUUUGGUGUAAGUAGUAAAGUAGAUCCGUAUUGCAUUAAACUCUUGACACCUUAGAUUGUCAUUCUAUUAUUUGCUUUCUAUUAAACUCUUUAAACUUGGG